AUGGUUAAGAAAAGUGCCAUGUGUUCAUUCGUUUUGAUUCUUAUUGCUAUUGGUUUUUCAAUUGCAGCUUUAUCCACCUAUUGGUAUUCUAUUAGAAUUGGUGAUAAAGAUUCUGUCCAUUCUAUGGCAUACUACAAGUAUGAUAAAGUUAAAACAUCCUCAAAAAACGGUGAUGAUACUCUUUUCAGUAUAUAUGGAAAACUUCCAGAGGACAGCAAAGAGAAAAAAAUCUAUCAAUCAAGUUUAGCUUUUACUGCCCUUGCAUUUAUUGUACUUGUUGUUGCUGCAUUUUUAGUUUUACUCUCUGCUAUUGGGUUAUUAAAGAAAAUCCCAUGCAUUGGUACCAUUUUAAAUAUCCUUGGUAAAUUUAUUUUAAUCGCUGGUACUGCCUUCUGUUUCCUUGCUGUAUUUAUAUUUUUGGGUUUACAAGGUGCCAGAAAGGAUGAUUGUGAAGAUGGUGUAUUGGGUGCAGUUGCUUGCGAUAAUGGCCUUUUUGAUAGCUUUAAUAAAAAUGAAGACGGUUAUGCCACUACACCAUAUCUUGGUUGGUCAUUCAUGGUUAUUGCUAGUGCAUUAACAAUUGCCGCUACUGUAAUUAAUAUAAUCGGUGGUAUUUUCUAA